AUGUCGUUCGCUAUUAACCCGAACCCGCAUCAAUCGACCUCCGUCUUCAGUCACAACACUGCCCCAGUACACGAGACGACGGCGGAAGAUGCAUCAGAUCUGGAGAAAAAGAGCUCCGACGAAACCCUGAUGGAGCGGGAAGAGAUCGUAGAGCUCCGGGUGGGUGAACUGGCUCGCCAAUUGACACGCCAAUCCACUCGAUUCUCAGCCAAGGGAGGCAGUCUUCAGAACCCAUUCUUGACAGAUGACCCGGAGUCCACUAUCAACCCGCACAGCCCCAACUUCCGCGCCAGGGACUGGAUCAAGAUGUUCUUGGAAAUGAGGCACCAGGAUCCCGAGAGAUACCCCGAAAAGCAUGCCGGUAUCUCCUUUCGCAACUUGAAUGUGCACGGCUUCGGUUCUCCAACAGACUAUCAAAAGGAUGUCUUGAAUAUGCUACUGGAGGUUGGAACGCUUGUCCGAUGGGCUUUUGGAGUCAAGAUGCACAAAGUUCAGAUUCUUCGCGAUUUUGAAGGUCUGGUCAAGAGUGGUGAGAUGCUGGUCGUGCUCGGAAGGCCAGGCAGUGGUUGUUCAACAUUGUUGAAGACUAUUGCCGGUGAAAUGAACGGUAUCAAUAUGUCGGAGGACGCUGUAGUGAACUACCAAGGUGUCCCCGUAAAGGAAAUGCACAACAACUUCAAAGGUGAAGCCAUCUACACAGCCGAGACUGAUGUUCACUUCCCCCAACUCUCCGUCGGCGAUACUCUCAAAUUCGCUGCUCUCGCAAGAUCGCCUCGAAACCGUUUCGAAGGAGUGACGCGCGACCAGUACGCCACGCAUAUGAGAGACGUUGUCAUGGCGAUGCUUGGUCUUUCGCACACAAUCAAUACCCGUGUCGGUAACGACUUUGUUCGUGGUGUCAGUGGUGGUGAGCGCAAGCGUGUCAGUAUCGCCGAGGCUACUUUGAGUCUGGCUCCCCUCCAAUGCUGGGACAACAGUACUCGAGGUCUUGACAGUGCCAAUGCUUUGGAGUUUUGUAAGAACCUUGCUCUUAUGAGCAAGUACGCUUCCACGACUGCCUGCGUCGCUAUCUAUCAAGCUUCGCAGAGCGCAUACGAUUGCUUCGAUAAGGUCACUGUUCUUUACGAGGGACGACAAAUCUAUUUUGGACCUACAACAGAGGCAAAGCAAUUCUUCGUUGACAUGGGAUUCGAAUGUCCCGAUCGUCAAACAACUGCCGACUUCUUGACCUCACUCACUAGCCCGGCAGAGCGAAGAGUCCGCCCUGGAUUUGAAGGCCGCGUCCCAGAGACUCCUGAUGAAUUCGCCGCAGCAUGGAAGAAGAGUGAGGCCCGGGCCAAGCUUAUGCGAGAGAUUGAAGCCUUCGAAGCGCAAUACCCGCUUGGUGGUUCAUCGCGUGAUGCAUUCAUUGAUGCGCGUCGCGCCACGCAAGCAAAACGUCAACGUUCCAUGUCUCCAUACACCAUCUCUGUUUGGGAGCAAAUCUCUCUAUGCACUGUGCGAGGCUUCCAACGACUCAAGGGUGAUUCCAGUUUGACUCUCAGUGGGCUGAUUGCAAACUUCAUCGUUGCUUUGAUUGUCGCAUCCGUCUUUUUUAAUCUUGGAGAUGACUCCAACAGUUUCUAUGGGCGUGGUGCCUUGCUCUUUUAUGCCGUCCUUCUCAGUGGUUUUUCUAGCGCGCUCGAAAUUCUCACCUUGUAUGCUCAACGUCCUAUUGUGGAAAAACAGUCACGUUACGCUUUCUAUCACCCAUUUACCGAGGCCAUCGCGUCUAUGCUCUGUGAUACGCCGUACAAGGUCCUUAACUCCUUCACCUUCAACAUUCCUCUUUAUUUCAUGACCAAUCUCCGCCGAACUGCGAGUGCUUGGUGGACUUUCUGGCUUUUCUCCCUUGUCACGACUUACACCAUGUCUAUGCUUUUCCGAACUAUUGCAGCGACUUCUCGGUCUCUAUCCCAAGCUCUUGUUCCCGCUGCUAUCUUGAUUCUUGGUAUGGUCAUUUAUACCGGUUUCGUUAUUCCAACCAAGUAUAUGCUUGGGUGGUCCCGCUGGAUGAACUACAUUAACCCCAUCGCUUACUCCUUUGAGAGCUUGUUGGUCAAUGAGUUUGCCGAUCGUGACUUCGCGUGUUCAGUAAUGGUUCCUUCCCAAGGUCCGUAUGACAGCGUUCCAAUGCAAUACCGAAGUUGCUCUACUGUGGGUGCCAGCGCUGGUUCCAGCACCGUCUCGGGAUCAGCUUAUUUGAAGCUAAGCUUCGAUUAUCAAAAGAGCCACGAAUGGAGAAAUUUGGGUAUCCUGUUUGCCUUCAUGAUCUUCUUCUGUGGAGUAUACUUGGUCGCUACCGAAUACAUUUCCGAAAUCAAGUCCAAGGGCGAGGUUCUUUUGUUCCGUCGCGGUCACAAACCCGCAAACUUGUCUUUUCCCGGCAGCUCUUCUGAUUUGGAAUCCUCGAUUGGAGGUAUCUCGGAGAAAAAGGCCUCCGGAUCUGCUCCUGGAACUGCUAAUUCGGAAUCGAUUCUCAACGCUGGCACUGCAACCCCGCCUGCUGAAGCUAAGAUUCAAAGGCAAACGGCUAUUUUCCAUUGGGAAGAUGUGUGCUAUGAUAUCAAGAUCAAGGGAGAGCCCAGACGAAUUCUCGACAAUGUCGACGGUUGGGUCAAGCCUGGUACAUGCACGGCAUUGAUGGGUGUCUCUGGAGCAGGUAAAACUACUCUGUUGGAUGUCUUGGCUACACGUGUCACUAUGGGCGUUGUUUCUGGAGACAUGCUUGUCGAUGGACGUCACAGAGAUCAAUCCUUCCAACGCAAAACUGGUUACGUUCAACAGCAAGAUGUCCACUUGCCCACGUCUACCGUUCGAGAGGCUCUUGAAUUCAGUGCCUUGCUACGUCAACCUGGACAUCUCAGCCGUAAGGAGAAGCUCGACUACGUCGAUGAGGUAAUUCGACUCCUUGGAAUGGAGUCCUACGCGGAUGCUGUCGUUGGUGUUCCUGGUGAAGGACUGAAUGUUGAACAACGCAAGCGACUUACCAUUGGUGUUGAGCUUGUUGCCCGGCCUCAGCUGCUCUUGUUUUUGGAUGAACCCACUUCCGGCCUUGACAGUCAGACUUCUUGGUCUAUCUUGGAUUUGAUUGAUACAUUGACUCGCCACGGACAAGCCAUUCUCUGCACUAUCCAUCAACCCUCUGCCAUGUUGUUCCAGCGAUUUGACCGACUUCUUUUCUUGGCCAAGGGUGGAAAGACCAUUUACUUUGGUGAUAUCGGCAAAAACUCUUCUAUCCUAUCGAGUUACUUUGAGAGGAAUGGUGCCGCGCCAUUGCCACAGGGUGAAAAUCCUGCUGAGUGGAUGCUUGAAGUCAUUGGAGCAGCUCCUGGAUCACAUACGGAUAUUGACUGGCACAAAGUUUGGCGAGAGAGCCCUGAAUACGUUAAAGUCAAGGAACACCUUGCCGAGCUCAGAUCUACUCUAUCACUCAAGGAACCAGAACCACAAGCCAAUGACCCAGGUGCUUACCGAGAAUAUGCGGCUCCUUUCAGCGUUCAAUUGUGGGAGACCAUGCGCCGAGUUUUCGCGCAGUACUACCGUACCCCGGUCUACAUUUGGUCCAAGUUUGCUCUCUGCGUGUUGACUACUCUUUACAUUGGGUUUUCGUUUUUCCACGCCAAGAACACCAUUCAAGGUCUCCAGAAUCAAAUGUACAGUGUGUUCAUGUUGAUGACCAUUUUCGGUAACUUGUGUCAACAAAUCAUGCCUCUUUUCGUCACUCAACGUUCUCUUUAUGAAGUGCGUGAGCGACCUGCAAAGACAUACUCCUGGCAAGCUUUCAUGAUGAGCAACAUCAUUGUCGAAUUACCCUGGAACACACUCAUGUCCGUGCUUAUGUUCCUUUGCUGGUACUACCCGAUCGGACUGUACAACAACGCCAAACCUACCGACGCCGUCACCGAACGCUCAGGUCUCAUGUUCUGUCUGAUCUGGGUAUUUAUGCUCUUCACCUCUACGUUUGCGCACAUGGUCAUUGCCGGUAUUGAAAAUGCCGAAACGGGUGGUAACAUUGCCACGAUGUUGUUUUCGCUGUGCUUGAUUUUCUGCGGUGUUCUUGCUACUCCUCAGGCCAUGCCCGGAUUUUGGAUUUUCAUGUACCGCGUUUCACCUUUUACCUACCUGGUUCAGGGAAUGUUAUCAACCGGCUUGUCUGGUACGCACGUCCAAUGCUCAUCCGUCGAAUAUCUCACCUUCGACCCUGCGCCUGGUUUCUCGACAUGCAUCGAUUACAUGAAGGAUUAUAUCGACCUAGCAGGCGGUUAUCUCCUUGAUAACAACGCCACUUCGCACUGUCAGUACUGCACCAUUGGGGAGACGGAUACUUUCCUUGCCAGUGUCAACGCGUUCUUUUCGCAAGCUUGGCGCAAUUUUGGUCUUAUGUGGGUGUACAUUGGGUUUAAUAUCGUGGCUGCUGUGGGAAUUUAUUGGUGGGCUCGUGUGCCAAAGGGGAAGAAGUUUUCUGGAUCUUCUUGAUCUUUUCCUAUAUCUACUCCUGUACACUACAGGGAACUUGCAUCUUUCGUUCUCUUGAUUUCUGUUUGGAUACAUGCAAUCAUCAUCCUUCUCUAGUAUUUCUUUACUUCUUAUACGAAAACUGUCGUCUCGCGACCUCGGGAAUUUUCUUUUCUCUUCUAAUCACUUCACCGUCUUGACACGUUUCUUGUUACAUAGUUCUACUCUUUUUUGACUAGUUGCAUUGUGUUAGAUUGGUUGGCUUGUUUUUUUGUGUUUGCCUUUAUAUAUUCUAGAAACGGAUAGAUUUCUGAAUUUGAAUAAUUUAAUGUUUUUU